UGCUGUUAUGGACACACAAAAAGCUUCAAGAAUCAAAACACAAGCAGUAUAUAUACGCAUGUCCUAUGCCCAUUUUGCAUUUCUCAGCUGUUCCUAGUUCUGGACUGGUUGGUUGCCUCUUUUCUCUCUCUAGAUCUCUCUAAGCCCUUCUCUCACUGUGUACAAUCAAUGGCUACUACUGUAUUCAUGGCCUCUGAUCACAGCACAAACACAAACACAAACCCACAAACAAGUAUUCAUUUGCCUGAAGAUGAUGAUCACCAGCCAAUACGACACAGUACUGGAAGAAGAAAGACGAAAGGUAAUGAGGCCAUGGGCAAGAAAAAUAAGAAGCCUCUGAGAGGCAUGGGGGUGGCUCAGCUUGAGAAGCUCAGGGCGCAAGAAGGGUUAAAAAACCACACUAACCAGACCCUAACCAUGAAUCCAUCUUCUCUUUCUAAUCUCGCUUUGAUGAAUCCUAAUUCUGUUCCUAUGCAGUUUGCAAAGUUGGGUGGGUUUGGGACUGUGAAUGGGGGUGUUGGGCAUAUGGGCUCGAACCAGAAUCAGGGUUUCUUUGGUUUUCAAGAACAGUUUCAAGUGGAUCCGUUUGGAGUUGGGGGAUCGAAGAACUCGAAAGAGCUCUCUUCAGCACCAAAUGGCUUUAAACACUACUAUGAACACUGUAAUCUUUGUCACAAGAAGAAGAGAUCUAAUGGCGAAACUUCGGGGUGCAGUAGAGCAAAAUCAAGCAUGUAUAUGCAGAUGUCUCCAACGGGUAACUGUGACUUUUUAGGAUUAAAUGUUGGAGAUAAUCAAAGUAUGAACCAAGAAAAUCAAGAAGUUGGAAUACAAGCACCAAUCAUCCCUCAUGCCUGUUAUUCGGUUCGCAAUUGCCAGUCGGGUGUGGAGGUAGUGGCAUUUCACAGGAAGGGAAAUUCAAGUACAGGAAAUGGAACUUUGUUGAUGGAAUAUGAAUUUUUUCCCGGAAGUAGAAGCACUAGUAACAAUGAAGUUGGGAUGAUGAAUUUGGGGGUUAAUUCAGAAGCUUCUUCUUAUGCAGAUGGAGAAAGAGAAACUGGUUUUGAUGCAUCCACUUCUCUUGAUCUGUCCCUUAAGCUUUCUUAUUAGCAGUUUGUCUUUUCACAUUUAUGUGAAAGUUAUGUUAUCAAGAAAUUAAACACUGCUUUUUGAUUACCCUUUUGUUUCUCAAUCUAUUUUCACCUUCAA